GAGUGUGUAAAAUGUUCACAUGUUUCCCCCUCCCCAGUCCGGGCAGCACCAGCACUAGCAGAAGCAGCAGCCGACAUGUGUUAUUUAUCGCUCAUCCGUGAGGGAAGUAAGAGGACGACUGAAGCGUAAAAACAGCAACGACAACAACGAAAAAAAAGGGAACUCGAGCGUCGUCUGUUCUCCAGUUUCUUCUUCCUCCUCGUAAGUGUUUUUUUUUUUUUUGGAAGAGUAGAAUGGCGAGUCCGCCGAGCGACGCCGGACCUCCACUACCGGCCGCCGGCGUGAAGAAGUGCGGCUACCUGAGGAAGCACAAACACGGACACAAGAGAUUCUUCGUGCUCAGGGAGCCCGGCGAGGGUUGCCCUGCCCGGCUGGAGUAUUACGAGAGCGAGAAGAAAUGGAGGAACAAGUCUACCGCCAAGCGGGUCAUCCCGCUGGACUGCUGCCUGAACGUCAGCAAGCGAGCGGACGCCAAACACAAAUAUCUCAUCGCGCUGUACACCAAGGACGAGUACUUUGCCGUGGCCGCUGACAGCGAGGGCGAGCAGGAGGGGUGGUACCGUGUGCUGACGGAUUUAAUCGCGGAGGGGAGAGUGUUCGACGGGUCGGCGUCCAACUCUGCGUCCUCGCUGGUGGGCUUCGACGAGGCGAGCUACGGCGUGAUCACGCCGGUCAGCGCCGCCUACAAGGAGGUAUGGCAGGUCAAUAUGAAGUCCAAAGGCUUGGGGCAGAGCAGGAAUUUAACCGGCGUCUACAGACUCUGCUUAUCCAGUCGGACUAUCAGUUUUGUGAAACUCAACACGGAGGUGGCCUCGGUCAUUUUGCAGCUGAUGAACAUCCGGAGGUGCGGCCACUCUGACAGCUUCUUCUUCAUCGAGGUGGGUCGUUCUGCGGCCACCGGACCCGGCGAGCUUUGGAUGCAAGCCGACGAUUCCGUCGUGGCGCAGAACAUCCACGAAACCAUCCUGGAAGCGAUGAAAGCCAUGAAGGAGCUCUCUGAAUUCCGCCCCCGCAGCAAAAGCCAAUCGUCGGGCACCAACCCCAUCUCCGUGCCCACUAGGCGGCACCUGAACCACCUUCCCCCCAGCCAGACCGGCCUUCUCCGGAGGUCACGCACCGACAGCAUGGCUACAAACUCACCUGUGGGUAAAUUCUCCUCCUGUCGGAUACGCACGGCCAGCGAGGGAGACGGCACCAUGACACGCCCUAUGUCGGUGAAUGGGAGCCCCCUCAGCCCGGGGGUCCACCGCACCCUCCUGAGCAGGUCUCACACCAUCACGGCGCGCCCCUGUCGGACGUUCGAAUCCUCCUCCCUGCAACACAGUAAGUCCAUGUCUAUGCCUCUGUCUCAUUCCCCGCCGAUGGCCGCCCCGAGUCUGGCCAGCCUGUCCUCGUGCCCAGAUAGCGGCGCUCCUCGUCCCUCCAGCUGUAGUGCCUCCUUUUCGGGCUCCCCGAGUGACGCCGGUUUCAUAUCGUGCGAGGAGUACGGCACGAGCCCCGCGGAUGCCCGCGACCUGCGCUUGCCUCUCACGUACGGCAGCAACACCCCGGAGUCGCUCAGAGCAGAUACCCCGCCGUCCCGCGACGGCAGCAGGCUCGACGGCUAUAUGGUGAUGGAACAACAGAACCAGAACGGCUAUCGGUGGUUCCCAGAGUUGGACAAGGCUUAUCGAAAGCGCACAUACUCUCUGACCACCCCCCGCCAGCAGAGGUGUCUCCCUCAGGUGUCUUCGGCCUCCCUCGACGAGUACACGUUAAUGAGGGCCACUUACACCAGUGGAAGCCAGUCUUCUCGCAGAUGUCUCACAGCCUCUCCGAAAGGAACCUUUCAAGAUGAGCAAAGGGAGGUCCGGCUGGGAUCAAACUGUCUCCAGGGCGAUAGCGGUUACAUGCCUAUGAUGCCAGGCGUGGCACCCCAUACGUCGGGAGCUAAGAAUGACCCCUACAUGCCUAUGAGCCCCAUGUGUGUCUCUGCUCCGAAACAGAUCAUCAACCCCCGAUCGCACCCUUCCUCCGCGGCGGCGGGGCUGGCCCCGCACGCCGAGUCGCCGGGCAGUAUUUCCCUUGAGGACAACGGCUACAUGCGCAUGUGGUGCGGAAUCAAAAUGUCGAUGGAGAGCACUGACGGAAAGCUCACCAAUGGAGAGUACCUGAACAUGUCUCCUGGAGACCAUAGCCUGAGUUCUUCCGGAGGAGAGAAACACCACAGACAGCCUUAUUCUCAUAGCAGCCUGCCACAUUCGCUUAAGGGCCAGUCGCAGGGCAGCGGGUCCACCGACACAGACCAAUAUGUGGUGAUGUGUUUACAGAGGCAGCGUAUCGAAGAGGAGUCCAACUACUGUCCCGUGCCUUUGGGAGACUCUGUGACACCGGGCGCGACUUCAUCUACCCCCGCUCCUCUCAGGGGGGCUCGGAGUGACGCUGGUCUGGCCCACAGGAGUAGGGCGUGUCGACCCACCCGCCUGGCUCUAGAUUCUCUCAGAACCUUACCGUGUAUGAGUGAACACCCGCUCCCCUCUGAGCCGCGCAGCCCGGGGGAGUAUAUUAACAUCGACUUCAGCGGCGCUUCCAGUGACGCGACGGCAUCCGUCGACGGCUCAAAAUGCCCAGACGAGGUCUCUUCGCCGCUCUCGGACUAUGUUAAUGUGGACUUUGCCUCGCCGAAGAGUGUGGUUUCUCCCCCUGGGGGAAGUUUGCACCAGGAGGAGGAGAGCAAAGGCGUAGAGGGACAGGCAGAAGUGAGAGGGGUGGUGGACGAAUAUCCUCUCCAGCAUCACGCGAGUCUGGUGUGUCAGCCAGCGGCGGUCAAGGAUGACUACACCGAGAUGACCUUUUGUCCACUCUGUGCCACCGACGAUGCCCCCCUGCCUACCAGCCCCGGCGCCUGCGUCCACAGACCGAGUCUUGACAGCAGCCUUGUCGUGGACGGAGUACCGGCGGCGCCAGUGGAUUCUUUUCUUCUCGGGGGACCGUCGCUGACUGUGCCCCUUGCAGAUCCUCAUAGGGGGGCCAAAGUCAUCCGUGCAGACCCUCAGGGACGCCGGCGACACAGCUCCGAGACCUUCUCUUCUACCACUACUGUCACGCCCGUGUGCCCGUCCUUCGCCCACGACACCAAACGCCACAGCUCAGCUUCGGUGGAGAACGUGUCGCAUGGCGCGCGGGGCUCGGAGGGACCCGAUGAGGACUAUAGCGGCAGCACCCCGAUGUGCAGGGAGACGUCCGCCGGCUAUCAGAACGGACUCAACUACAUUGCCUUGAACUUGAUGGAGGGGGCUCUCGGUGGAUGCCGGUUAGGGGGCUGCGAUGGACUGCUGAGAUUCAAGACUGCCUGUGGAUGCAAGGGCGGUAUGAAUGGCUUCAACUCCAGCCCCUAUGCCAGCCUCGGAUUCAAGGAGACGACUGCCGCUGCUGUGAAAGAAUGAAGGCCACUGGCUCAGUCACCACCCCCCACCCUCCACUUUCCUCUCCUGGUUGUCGGGUUGGUUCGCCGCCUGCGUGUGAUGACGUCGCCUCGGCAACAGCUGAAUGCGUGGGCUACCGUCCACGUCCUUUGACCUCCCCCCGCCGAGAGGUCACGGAGGCAGCAGUCGCCACGGCAAUACGGACACUUGACCUUUCACCCCAAAUCUUCCCUUGGCACCAAAACGAUGAGAUGCCAUCCAUCCUUAUUGAAGCUGCUGGACUCGAUAACAAAAAAAACCCCAAAAACUCUCAUACCAACUAUUAACUCUUGGUAACUAUUUUAUUUAUCUGCAAAAUGACUACACGAGUUAUUCUAUUAUGUCGAAUAUAGAUUAUUUUGGUUACCCUUAAGACUAGAGUUUGAACGGGUUGCCUGACCUGAGAAGACACCAAACCUGGAGCUCACAUGCAAAAACCAAACAAAAAACCCCCGAAUGCAUACAAAAUAUUUAUUUAUUUAAGACGGAAGUAUUCAUUUGGUAAAACAUUUUCCAAAUGUGUGAAUUUCCAUGAAUAAUAAAAGUGGCAUUUCGGUACAUAUUAAAAACAAAUAAGUUUGCUUAAAAAAAACCUACCUCAACAAAACAAACAAAAAAACAGGUUGGUUAACCCCCCCACCCAAUAGUGGAUAUGAACAUAUAUAAAAAUAUUUAUUUUUUACAACUUUUUUUUUUUUUUUUUUUUAAAGGAAUCGCCAAUCCAAAGCCUUACUCUCGCCCCCUAUGGGCUGUUUCGUCUGGACCUAAUGACCCUUCACAACUGAACCGAUCCGCAAAGAAUGAGCCACUCUGAGAUUUCCACGGUACAUUUACGACAAGAUGAUAUAUGAAAUAUUUCUUACAGUAUAUUUAUUCACCCGGCGGGUGGGUUGCAGGAGGGAGAGAUUUUCUAUCCUCGCUUUGUUAUUUUUUUUUAUUUGAAGAAGCGAUGAUGUCACGCUCAAACACCGCAGCAUGACCCAGGUACACCCCGUGGCCUGUCUGAGCCAAAGUCUCAGCACCUCCAAACACUUAUGGACCUGUUCACCUGUAAUCCCCUGCACACCCGCCCAAAGCCGCCUGCAGGAACUCAUGACAUCAUGGAAUGUUUGAAGUUCUUUGUCUUAACUAGGGAUGGGCAUGGUGAUAGGAUUUGGAUGAUUGUGAGGAAAUAAUCGUUGCUCCAAAGUUUUUUUGAAACAAUCGAGUCAAAUUCGAGUGCGCUGUUUAGCUGCGGCCAGCAGAGACGCUGUUGAUUCAAUCUGCGUUCGUUUGCGGUCUGAAGACAGCGUCAGCUAAGCCCGACGUCUCAUUCCCCUCGGCAACAUUGUGUUCAUUAAGAAUCUGCAGCGGAAAUAGGAGUUCAGAACACCCACAGAGAGGUUUUGCCAUCUCGCUAGAAAUGAAGGCAAAAAUGAAACUUUCGGAGGGACUGCAGUUCACACACAAAAAAAAGUCCAUCAGAUGGGGGGCUUUUUUGCCCGUAAAUACGUAUUUUCUUGUCUUAAUAUUAUGAUAUCAUUGACGCAAAAUAUUUUUUUUUACUAAAUAGACUUUUUUUGCUGACGUUACAAUUUUAAAUUUUGAAUCAUUUCAAUUUUUCUCUCUUUAAAAAAAUGUUGACUUUCUCAAAUAUAUUUUUUAUUAAGGCUUUCAUAUUCAUAGUUUUCUUGGGGGGAAUGUCUAUCAUGAUAUACCCAACAGAACAACUUUAUUUUUUGUAAAACUAUAGCUUUGUUUUUUUUAAAGAUUAUAUUCAAUUUUUUGAAUUUUUAAUAAUACGAAUUUCUUUGUAUUCUGUCUUUUUUUAUUUUUUUUUUCCCUCCAACAAUAGGGCAUACAAAAUGCAAAGAAAAGUUAAUGUAAAAUGACGGCUUUAAAAAAAUAUUGAUAUAACAUUUCCAUAAUUUGGCUUUUUGAUGUAUUAUUUUUCGGAACCAAUUAUCAGCUAUUCGCUAACAACUUUAUUCUGGCAAAAUGAUAUUUCAUUCUGAUGACAUUUGCAUUGCGCUCUCAUAAUCACCACUUGACCCCCCCACCCACCACCUUUUCAUAAAGUAGCGGUUUAACAAGAAAUCGAUGAAUUGAUUGUUGAUUUUUAUCUCCCACAGUCGAUCAAUGAAAAGUGGUUAAAUGCCCAUCCCUGGUCUUAACUGGACAAUACACACAAACUCACAGUCACAUACUCACCUAUUGCCUCAUGGCGGCGGCGAGCCAACGUGGUCAGUUGUGCCGCCAGGCCUCGUGCUGCCAUUUUUUUUGGGGGGGGGGGCGCUGGCGGAGAGAAAGCAUGGUCUUGCACUUACAAACUUGUCUAGAUUGUAACACAAGACGCGUUGAAUGUAGUACAUGCUGCGUUCCAAGGUUGAGAACGCGCAACCCCGAUGAAACCACCACAACAGUGAAAAGCCACAACAAAGUCGACGCUACGACAACGGCAAAACGACACACGCCGGGACAAGCAACAUUGCUGUCGAUCUGGAUCCACUGGUACUUAAAAGACUGUAAAUAGUGUGACGUUAUGACGGCAAAACAACUUUUAAGUUAAAUAACUUAUGCUGUUUUUACUGUACAUAGUUUGUGUUGGCGUGAAACAACAAAAAGCACUAAUUAAGUUAUGUGCUAACCAGUUCUGGUUUGGCUUUGAUCUGUUUUCCUCUUGUUUUGUUUUGGGUUUUUUUUUUUGGUUGUGUUUUCAAAUAAUUUAAUUCAUAACUCUGUUGGUAUAGUAUUGUGAACGACAAUGCCACAAUUUUGCUAAUGCUGUAACUGCAAAUUCGACAAGUAAUUCGUACUUGACCUAAUUCAUUCUCGGUACUUGGGUACAAAUGGCAUAUGCAAUAUCUACACAAUUGAAAAGUAGUUUACUUACCAAGGUGUACCAAAAUGUACAAAUAUUGUCUGUAUUUGUUUAUUAAACCUCAGAAAUUCUGUUGUUGGUGUUUCUGUUUGUUGCAGUUUGUACAUGUUUUUUUUUUCUUCUUCCUAUUUGAAAUUUGCUAAUCGAGCCCAUUUGUUGUUUGAGCAGUGUUUUGCAUUUGGGUCACGUUGUAUCUUGAUGAAAGCAUCUAAAAGUUACUGUUGGGGGGAGGGGCCCCAGCUUACUUGGCUGUAGCCCCCCCCCCCCUACCGCCCCACUGUAAAUAUUUCACAUUUUGCAUAUUAUUGUGAUGCGACUAAGAGAUGAUAAUUUAAACUUACGUCUUUGCUUUAGAUUGUAUUGAUUCUUUUUAGACACAUGGAAUAAAUAUUGCUAUUAUUUAAGAAAA